AACGCUGCGAAUGUUGUGAAUUCUUUAAUUUUUCUACAACAUUUUCCUCCCAACUUUCAGAAUCUCGCUGCUACUCGAUCGUAUGGCAAUCUGGAGGUCGAUGUAUUUGAGGCUCUUCAAUAUAGGCGCCAGAAGUUUUCGGGUGUGUCCACUUGCAUGCUACACAGCACACUGAAGGAAAUAAUCGAUAUUAUCGUGGAUGCCGAGGUCCACCGACUUGUGGUUGUUGAUGAAGCCCAGCAUGUUCUUGGAAUCGUUUCACUCUCUGACAUCCUCCGCUUCCUAAUCCAAAAGCAUCCAAUGUCUGAAUGA